AUGGCGAGAGCUGCGUUGGUCCUGGUCCUCCCUGCUGCUCUACUGCUGUGCCUUGCAUUGGCCGGCCGUGCGGAUGCUGCGAGGAAGACGGUUGGGGUCUACGAGCUCAAGAACAAGAAGGGGGAUUUCUCCAUCAAGGUCACCAACUGGGGAGCCACCCUCUUGUCUGUCCUGACUCCAAAGGGGAACUUGGCUGAUGUCGUCCUUGGGUAUGACACUGUUGCUGAGUAUGUGGAUUGCUAA